AUGACUUCACGAUAUGGAGUUUCGGAAAGAUUGCAAGGAAUGAUGUGUACUGCUCCAGUUAUAACUCCACCGAAAGAAACAGCACAAUCAAAACCUCAAAGAUCAAAAACCAGAGAUCUAGAUCCUGCUCACGAAUUGGACGACCUUGAGAAUGCAUUCGCCCUGAAGAAUAUUCCCCAACAUGAGUCUCUCCACGACACAUCAUCAUUCAAACAUCUCACUUUCUCCCAAGUCACCGAUCAGAUUUGGCAUUUCUCCUCAGUAGACCAUGGCCCGCGAUAUACAUGCAUCGGCUAUAACACCUUGUUUGUCACUCCUGGCGCUUCGACAGAAACAAAUGAGAAUGGCAGAGAUCUACCCCAAGGUAAAAGACUAUGGAACUGGCUGGUUUUGUGUGAAGAUGGCACCAUUAUAUCCAUGCAGGAAAAUCCGUUCCCCGGGGUGAACGUAUUAAAAGGGGAUCAGCUCAAAGUUCAGGAUAUCGCUCGGAGAAAUGUUCGAUUUAUCUUCUCCGGGGUUUCAAAGCAGCACUUAACCAUGUCAGAAAGUGAUUCUCUAGUGACUAUUCGAGUGAGACACUUCAACGAUGUGGGACCGGAUCAGGCCAAUAUCAAGCAGGAAGAUGGACCGAGUCUUUUAUUCUACUAUAUUUUUGACGAUUGGGUGUCUAGCUAUGGACUAAUUGCUAAACGAGAACAUAAAUAUGGCGUUGCUCUCGAAGAACUGAGAGGUCAAAUGCUUCACCGUCCAAUCGUCGAUCUGGUGAAUGAGCUUCACUGGCUUGGGAGGCGGUUAGCAGUGCUGAGGCGUUUGUAUCAAAGCUAUGAGCUCAUCAUGCGACGCAUACUACAACGCCAGCGUUUACUCCGCGAUGAGGGUCGCUCGGCUCAUUCCCAGCCAGUGCCUUUUGGGGCUACCUUCGGGGACAGAGAGUUUUCUGAUUUGCGACAGGGCAGUAUAGUAAGUAAUGGUACCUAUGAGGAUAGCAAAGAAAAGUCAGUCGGAGUGAUUUUGAGCUCGGCGGCUGUGGCCCGAUUUGAAAGACUUGUUGAUCGUAUCAACCUGUACUGUCUGAGUGAGAUUGAGACAUGUCUCCAGGAGAAAGAAUCCUUGACAUUCUUAAACUUCAAUUUGAUUGCUCUCAAAGACUCACAAGCGGUGGAAAAGCUCACUCGAAUUACAAUCCUGUUGGCCAAAGCAACUAUGCUGUUCUUGCCUGUUAGUUUGAUGACUGCCUACUUUUCCACUGAGCUUCAAGGCGUGAAAGGUGGAUAUACGAAAGUCGACUACUGGGGUAGUUUUGCGGUGAUUUUCUUCUUGACACUCGUGCUGCUCACUCUGUUUGGCUUUGCCAGCGACACUGUGGAAGGGAAGACGAUUUAUCGAUCCCUGAUCAAGACGUUCUUCCGAAAUUCGCGGGAGAAGAUGUCUUUUUCACGACGAUCACAGCAGGAUCGUCAAUAA